UCGGUGCUCGGGUUACAUUCGAGCUGGAGCCGCCGCACGCACCGGAGCAGCAGCGGUGAGUGUUUCCUCUCUCACGCACGGCUUGAACAAAAAAAAGAGACAUACCGGCAAUGGACAGGUUGGCAGAGCGGAUUCACAGCCACGGAUCGGGCUGUUGAGAGGGUCGAUAACCUUCACCCCGGAGAGAGGGGGGGGAACGCGGCUGGUAGAUAUUUUACGCACCGGCAUGCCACUGUGCUGCCGCCGGGACUACAGAGGCUGGAGCGCAACACGCUGAGAGACAUAUUUACAAUAGAAACUCAAUUCCUUCGCAGGGGAGAAUAGCAGGAGGGAGGAGGAGGAGGAGUGAAAGAUAACACUGGAAUGAAGUGGACCUCGACAUUCCCAGCGUGCUGCGGAGUUGUGACUGAUGGAUGAAUGUGGUCAUCUGUAGGGAGGGGGGAGAUCUACAGCGACAGGUACAGACACCGCCAGGAGAGAGAGGUCUGACAAAGACAUCCGCCGCCGCAUCGUGUCUCCAAAGAAAACUGGUUAGAUCUGUUCCAUCGCGCAUCAGAGCCUAUCGCCGAGUCGCCUCCGCGGAGCAACAGAGGCCGUGAAGGGCUGUUGGUGUCUGAGCCACAGGUCAUCCCGGACACUCGGGGGCUGCUCUCCUUCCACAUCCCGUCUACAACAAGAGGGAGGAACCGGGGGGUGCUCCUGCGGACAGUUCAGUGAAGGACCCGCGGGUGUGGAGCAUUUCGUGUCGUCCAGUGGGACAUGUAUCUGGCAUCGACCUCACAUGCUCCCGACUGAUCGUAGCUCACCUUCCCACCGCGCUUAAAGGCUGCCAGGCGCACCGUGCGCCCGACUUGCUCCGAGUUCCUCGGCCCGCACUCGUCUGCUGCUGCUGCCCGCACACCGAUCAGAAUGGCGGGACUCGCUUGUUGGAAGUAUUACCUCUGGAUCUUUAUUUUACUGUGCAGGUCGGCGCUACCUUCGGCGAAGUUGCUGGAGUCUAUAAUCUGGAGCUCGCAGAAUCUCAAGUUUGUGAUUGGAAAGGGUCUGGUGAUCUACCCAGACAUCGGGGACAAGCUGGACAUCAUCUGUCCCAAGGCGGACCAGGGCAGAGAGUAUGAGUUCUACAAGCUGUACCUGGUGAAGAGGGAGCAGGCAGAGAGCUGCAGUACAGUCCUCGAUCCCAACGUCCUGGUCAACUGCAACAAGCCCGAGAAGGACAUCAAGUUCACCAUCAAAUUCCAGGAGUUCAGCCCCAACUACAUGGGUCUGGAGUUCAAGAAGAACGUGAACUACUACAUCACCUCAACCUCCAAUGGCACAGUCGAGGGCCUGGAGAACCGAGAGGGGGGCGCGUGCAAGAGCCGAGCCAUGAAAGUCAUCAUGAAAGUCGGACAAGUUCCAAAUGCGGUGAAUCCCGUGGCGCCAGAGACUCCUGAAGACAACGCCAUACCGGAGUCCAGUCCCAGCCGCCCGCCUGACCAUGGGGGGCCCGAGAUGCCAGGAAACCCUGACACCAUGAAUCAGGACCAGGGUUCCUCGUCCAACACGGACAGCAUCUUCGGAUCCAAGAUGGGCCUGUUCCUCACCAUUGGCGCUGGCUGCAUCAUCUUCCUCCUGCUCAUCCUCCUCCUUGUCAUCCUGCUCAUCAAGAUGCGCAAGCGUGCUAGGAAAAACGCCCACUCCCAGCCCCGCCCCUCGGCGCUGUCGCUCAGCACGCUGUCCAAUCCCAAGAUGCCCGGGGGCACAGCUGGCACUGAGCCCAGCGACAUCAUCAUUCCGCUGCGGACAGAGAACAACUACUGCCCUCACUAUGAGAAGGUGAGCGGCGACUAUGGCCACCCCGUCUACAUUGUCCAGGAGAUGCCCCCGCAGAGCCCCGCCAACAUCUACUACAAAGUCUGACAUGCUCCCCACAGCCCGCGACAGCCAGGAGAGAGAAAGGAGGAGCGCUUGAUUUAUGGUCCUGGGAAGAACACCUUCCUUUGCAUUCUGGGGACUUGAUGCUUCUGCAAGCCCCUGUUAUUUCUACCACCUGCUGCACAAAUCUGGAGAGACACGUACUGACCAGUAACCAGCGGGGUUGUGAGCUGACUGAUGAGAGGUUUAUUCUGUUUGUUUGGGUUGUCUGAAAAUCCCCACCCUCCUCUUCCUCCUCCUCCUCCUCCUCCCUUCACCUCCCAACUUCUACGUCUCCCUGCUGUGCGCCAACAGGGGGGCAGGGCUGGAGCAAACCAACAGAUGGAACUUUAGCUUCCUAGUUUGCUGUCCCCUUUAAUGGGCAGGAUAUAACUUAUCUCAGUUCCCUGAAGUACAGUCUGUGCUACACCCAAUUAAACACACCACCCGAGCACACAUAGCCAGGAACAGGCAGACACAGGCCCCAAACGCCACUCAGCCUGCAGUUUGUGUGUGCAAGCAUAAAAUUUGUGUGUGUGUGUGUGUGUGUGUGUGUGUGUGUGUGUGUGUGUGUGUGUGUGUGUGUGUGUGUGUGUGUGUGUGUGUGUGUGUGUGUGUGUCGUGUGUGUGUGCGUGCAUGUGUGUGUGUUAGUCAGGGCUCCGCGCUGGACCAGGAAACUCUCCAGAUAGCUCAGGUAUCAGACACAGUGUGUGAAAUAAUGUGUUCCUCUCCCUUCGCACCUCUGAUGUUUGCCUUACUUACUAUUUUUGAUGGAGGAUUUCCUCGAACCCUGCGUCAGUUCACAAAGCAGUUGUAUUUUGUUAGACUUUUCCUACAAGUGCACAAUGUAUAGAGUUGAAUAGAUCAUCGUUAUUACCCCCCAUCUUCUCACUCACCCACGUCAUCCAUUGCAUUCAAUCUUUUUCCUCCCCCAAAAGAAUGACCUUGACCUGGACUGUUGAAGUCGAGGUGUGUAUGUGUAUGUGUAUGUGUAGGUGUAUAUUAGUAUUUGUACAUGUGUGUGCUCCUGGGAAUACUUCCCUCUCCACUGGUCUGAUGUGAGCUUUACCAUUACCCUGGUAUUUAUGACCUACUUGUGUGUAUCUGUGUCCUCUGGGAGUAUAUGUGUGUGUGUGUGUGUGUGUGUUUGACAUGUCUAGACCAGUCUAGUAUCCGGGCAGACUUAUUGGCUUAGGGGUAAAACAGUAAGUUAGUGUAUCAUGCGCUUCAAAAACAAGACUGACAGACUAACGCUCUGAAGAGACAGACAUGCCAGAGAUCUCAUAAAACCGAUCUAGCGCUCUGGCUGGCAUCAACUGAAGGUUUUUCGCUUUUUUCGUGUGUAUGUGUGUCUGAUGAGCUUUCAGGCUUUAAAAAAAAAAAUAGCAAGCAGGUUGAUAUUUGUUUGUUCCAGCUUCUGGUGCUACAGUGUAAGGAUCAAACAGUUCGCCGCAUGCCUGCUGCUAGGCGAGGUUGGACGUAGGUUGGGUGCUCGGCGCUGAUUGGCUGGCCUACAUAGGUGAGGAUGCCCUAUAUAUAAAGUUGGAUAGCGAGCCGCCGCGGAACAUCGAGAUGCAUUAUUGUCAGAUGCCAAUUGGCUGCCAUCUGUAGAUGAGUCAGUGGAGUGUGCAGUCAGUGGUGUCGCCAGCAUGUGACUAAUCUAUGUGCCAUCUCCAGUGCCCACACUCACCAGCCGGGGAGGAAAGAGAGAGUGAGAGAGAGAGAG